AUGAAAUUUAGAGAAUAUUUAAAUAGUCAUAUUGUUAGUCAUUGGAGAGAUAAAUAUUUAGAUUAUGAAUAUUUAAAACAGUUAAUAGAUAAAGAGUAUAAUAAUGCACCAAACUCAUUAGAUAAUAGUGCCAUCAUUGACUUCACUCAGUCUAUAGCCGAUCAACAUCACACUUCAAUAAUUAAUCAAUUAAGCGAAAGUGGCUCAAAUAAUAUUAAUACACAGGAUGAGGAUCAUAUAAAAUCAUAUUUUAAAAAUAAAACACCACAAUUGCAACCACCACAUUCCCAACCACUACCACCACCACCACCACUACAACAACAACAACAGCAAUCCCAAAGUUCACCAACAUCACCACAGCAACUAAAUAUACCAAAUCACCAUCUCCACCAUAAUCGCUUUCAUAGUCAUAACAUUAGAGAUGAAGAUACAACAUUAGGUAGUGCAUCACCAUUUAGCAACUCAUCAGUAGGUUCACCACGUCCCAAAGCUAAAUCCGAAUUAAAUUCACCACUAUUAUCAGAUCAAGAUAAUGAUGAAAUUGAAAUGGAACAAAUUAAUUUAGACAGUAGUAAUAACAAUAAUAAUACCAACAACAAAAAUAACAACAACAAUAAUAAUAUUAUAUUAAAUAAUAAAAAUGAAAGUUAUGCAAAUUUAAAAAAAGCAGGAAUUUAUAAUUUAAAUAAAAACUUGAGUUAUAAUAAUUUAAAUAAAAACAUCAGUUUUAAUAAUUUAAAUCAACUCCAUAAUAGUGGAAACAUCAAUAAUAGUGUAAAUAUGAAUAAAAGUAUGAGUCAUGGUAACUUUGACGGUUUAUCAAGAACUUCAUCUCAUUUGAAUUUAGAAGUUUUAACAUCGCAGAUUGAAAAGGUCAUGGAAAGCAGAGAGAAUAUGGAGUUAAUGGAAAGUGGUAUAAUUCAACAACAAGAAAAUUUUCAAACUAUUUUUAUUGAUCAAGUAAAUAAAGUAGAUACCUUUUUUGUUGAAAGAUAUAGAAAGACUAAAAAGAAAUGUGUAGAGUUAUGUAAUAUGAUCCCAUUUUUAUCAACAAAAGAACAAUAUAGAACUAUAAGAAAUAUUGAUUAUGUUAAACAGGGUUUACAUGAUAAUUAUCAUUAUUUAGAAAUGUUAGAGUCAUUCAAAGAUGUUAAUAUUAAAGGAUUUAACAAGGUAUUGAAUAAAUAUGAAAAAAAGAAUCGUUUAAUUGCAAAUGAAUGCAGAAAAUAUUUAAUGGAUGAUUCAAGAAUGUCACAACCAGAAAGUCCAGUUAAAGAUUUAGCGCAUCGUAUCAAACAUUUAUAUGCAAGAUAUUUCACUGGUAAUGAUAUUAAAUUGGCAUCCAAUCAAAUUAAAUCACAUGCUGAAGAUGAGAAAUUCGAAAAGCAAAAUGUUUUCGUUGUUGGUUUACUGUUGGGAGUUUGUUUAAUAUUGACCGGUCAAGUGUUUUUAAAUUAUUUCUACUACUAUCCACAUGAUAGCCCACCUGUCGAUGCUCCAUUGGCUUGGUUGUUAUUCCGUAUUUCCCUUUUACCAAUUUUGUUAGGUUCCAUGUUUUCAGCAAUGUCUUAUAUCUGGGAAAAGAGUGGUAUCAACUAUGUUUUCAUUUUCGAAUUUAAACCAGACCACAAGAGAUCUCCACUUCGUUAUUUCAAAUUCUCCUUAAUCUAUAUUACAAUGUGGCUUUUGUCUAUCAACUUUUAUGUAGACUCGUCAUCACAUGUAGAGACGAUGAAGUAUCUAAUUAUUAUACCAAUUGUAUUGGUAUUAGUAGCAUUAGUACUAAGUAUUCAGCCAUUUCCAAUUUUAGCUCAUCGUACUCGUUUCUGGGUAUUGAAAAAGGUUGGUAAAGUAAUAUCAGCACCAUUUGUACCAGUUAGAUUCCCAGAUUUCUUCAUGUCUAUCCAAUUAUUAAGCUUGGGCGAGUUCCUUUUCAACAUUCAAUCGAUGGUUUGUGUUUUCAACUAUAGUGCAUUGGACCCCGAUGAGGUAAAGUUUUGCUCGCAAUCUGGUUUCUUUGCUUUCCCACUAUUAAAUGCAUUACCAUACUAUUGGCGUGUUAUGCAAUGCUUUAGACGUUACUAUGAAACUAGACAGUUUUUCCCUCAUAUUACUAGUGCUAUUAGAUCGAUCUUUUCAAUAGUAUCCUUGGUUAUCAAUUACAUUGCUUUAGAAUACGCUACAUCGAAUUGGCAUUACAUCAGAAUCAUUUGGUUUGUUAUUAAUGUUAUUGGUAGUUUCUAUAAAUGGUACGCUGAUAUGGCUGUUGAUUGGGGUUUCUUAUUAAAUUAUAAAACAAACAAAGCUUGGCCACUAAGAGAGAAAUUGGUAUACAAGAGAAAAUGGAUUUACUAUAUUGCUAUGUGUAUUGACUUCUUUUUAAGAUUCUAUUGGUUAUUAAUUUUCUCUAUUCGUAGAGGUUCAAGACAUAGAUUAGAUAACCCAAUGUUUUUAUUCCUCUUUUCGUUUGGCGAAGUAUUUUGGGCAAGUCAGUUUAUAUUUUUUAGAGUAGAAUCAGAACACUGUAAUUCACAAGAUCACUUUUCAUUAUUCCAAGAUAUCCCAGUACCAUUCAGUAAAGAAUAUAGCUUAUAUAUGGAAGAAAGAAGAAAAAGAAAACUCAAUAAAGGUGAAGAGGUUGAAAGCACAGCUACUGACCAUAAUUCAAUUCAUAAUUCAAUUAAUAGUUUUGAUGAAGAACAUGAAAUUGAUGAUCAGCCCCAAAUACCACCAACUACAACAACUACUAUUAGAUCCUCACUUCCAAAUGAUAUGGAUGAUUACCAAAAUAUUCAAAGAAGACCCAAUCCAAGUUUAAGAGCAUCAACAAACUCUACAAAUAUUGAAUUAUAA